AACAUAGUGUACCAUUUGUAUCAUUAUCCCUCUCCUCGAGCUCAUCGGUCGGUCAAUAUCCUUUGAUACCUCACUUAAUCACUCCCCCUACGAAACACCAGAAACACCACCUUCGCAAUGGAUAACAAGGAAGAUAUUCACGAAGUCCGCUCCCACUCCCACCACAACGAGCACCGCCGCCUCUCGGAGCAGCACCAACGCAUCGAUAGCCACCAUCGUCGUGUACCCAAUGGGGGCGGCUAUAACGAGUACCCAGAGGACGAAUACGUGGCGCCCCAGAUGAGCCGCGACGACGCCCUCAGGAGGAUGAAGACGGCCGGGUCAAUCUCCAUGUCGCCUGAGUUAUUUGAGAAAUUGUAUCUGUCUCCGCAGAACAACGUCAAGGGGGACCUACGCAGGACCUUUGGUAACCCGACUCCAAUCGCCAUUGUUGGAUUCCUCAUCUCAUUGACGCCUCUCGCUUGUGACUUGAUGGGUUGGAGGGGAGCAGGCGGAAGCGGUGCGGCAGGCAUCGGCUCAUACUUCUUCUUCGGCGGGCUCCUCAUGUUCGUAGGCGGUCUUCUCGAAUGGGUCCUCGGUAACACUUUCCCCUCCGUCGUCUUCCUCACCUUCUCCUCUUUCUGGUUCACCUUCGGCGCGACCCUCAACCCUUCCUUUGCCGCCUUCUCAUCGUACGCUCCCGCGAACGCGACGUCUGGGGCUGAGGGAUUGACAACGCAGGGGUUUAAUGCUAGCUUCGGCUUCAUCACACUCGCCAUGGGAAUGAUCUGCGUCGUCUUCCUCAUCUGCUCGCUCCGCACGAACAUCGUCUUCUUCGUCAUUUUCUUGACGCUCGUUGCUGCUUUCGGGUUGAUCACCGCUGCGUACUGGUUCCUUGCCAUGGAUUACACUAGCAAUGCUGCGUACGCCGCAAAACUGCUCCAGGCCGCUGGUGCUUGUGCAUUUGUGACUUGUGCCGCUGGCUGGUGGCUCAUCUUCGCCAUCCUCUUGGCUUCUCUUGACUUCCCUUUGGAGCUUCCCGUUGGAGAUCUUAGCAGAGUGAUUCGGGGCAAGAGCGAAAAAAGUCAGGUUUGAUAAUGGGUCCUUGGUAAGAGAGUAAAUGUGCCAUCGUAGGCAGAGGAACUGGCGCAGGACGGCGAAUCCCAUUUGACGAUGAUCUUGUGUCAGCAGUAUUACCUGAGCAUGCCGAAUGACUGACUCCAACGUCUGAAAUUAGCUUAAGUAUCUCUGAGAAAAAACCAUCACGCAUGUCACAUU